AUGCCGCUCUGUCGUUCUGCCCAGGGAACCGCGUGUACAUGCACCCCGACUCCCCCAACACGGGAGCGCACUGGAUGCGCCAGGAGAUCUCCUUCGGGAAGCUCAAACUUACCAACAAUAAAGGAGCAUCGAACAACAACGGGCAGAUGGUGGUCUUGCAGUCCCUGCACAAGUACCAGCCCCGCCUGCACGUGGUGGAGGUGAACGAAGACGGCACGGAGGACACCAACCAGCCGGGCAGGGUGCAGACCUUCACCUUCCCCGAGACGCAGUUCAUCGCGGUCACCGCCUACCAGAACACCGAUGUAAGGCGCUCCCCGCGGGGCGCGGCCGCUUCUCCCCCGCUCCGCGCCCUCCGCUUUGCCUUCCCCUGGGGCCGAGCGCGGCGUUUCCCCC